AUGCUGAAGCGUUGGAAUAAUGAAAAACGUGUAAAUUUUUUUGUGCAUGAUGGCGAUGUCAAAAUUGUUUCUACAAUCAAAAAUACGUUCAAAGGUAUCAGAGAAUACAGAGAUCCUGGACAUUUUCUUAACAAUAUACAGAAAAAGCUCAAACUGCCAGAAUUCAGAAUCUUAUCUAGCAUUUCAAAGAAUUUAUUGCGUUGGCUUAGGCAACUUCUCAAUGACACACAUAUGUCAAUUAAAACAAAGAAGUUUUUAUGGUUGAAUUCCGCUAAACAUUAUGCCGGAAAUCAUAAAUUUUGUCCAGAUCCUGAAAAAUGCAAGAUGAUUAAAACAUGGAAAUAUGCAAAAAAUAAAACUGCUAUAAAAACACUUAAAAAAUUCCUCGAAGAUACCGUAAAAAUCUUUGAUAUGGUAAAAAAGAUUCAUUCAACUCAAGUAGUUGAAUCGAUAAACCAUAUCAAAGCAAUGCUUGCUAAUAAAAAUAUUAAUUGGCAUGCUUCUUGGCCAAUUAGGAUGGCAGUCACAAUAUUGCAUUUCAAUGAAAGUAUGUUUGAAACGAUUGUAGCAAUAAGAUAA